GUUUGCUGAUCCGUUUUACGAACUAUAAACCCUUAUUAUAAGCUAAUGCUUACCAUCAAGCAAUAUUUAUACAUGAGCAAAUUGUGUCUUGAGUUUGUACCAUAUAGUUUAUAGAUGACCUCCUCUCCAUUUAGUUACCCAGGGUACCCGAUGCCAGCCUUCUGCGACUUGUGGGCACUAAAAGUGCGUCCAAUUUAUUAAAACAAAAACAGCUAGCUUCCCUUGCUUCCAAUUUAAAAAUCCAUAUUAAUCUGGUUUUUAUUGCAGUUUAAAUCCCUGCUUUUCCUUUACACGAAUUUGGUUGUUUCCGUUCUGCCACAACAAGACUUCCACAAAAAAGGAAAAGCUCUUAAUGCCUGCAUUGCUUAACUACCUGAUUCGAUUGAAGGAUUACCAUUUACGAUGGUAGGUCUAAAUUGGACCGAAUUGGCAAGGAAGCACAAAUUGUUUUCCAUUUUUUGGUCAGCUUUUGCACACACAUGAACACACAGAUGCAAUAAUUGUUUUGAGUUAUAACUGGCUGUCGGCAAGUACAAAAGGCAAGCGGCAACCGAUCACCUUUAGAUUGGUUCAUUAAGCAGCUUUGUUGUUUUUUAGCUCACUCUUUUCCUCUCACUAAUAUUCCAGUUGAAAUAUACCAAAUAAAACAAAUGGUCUCAUUCUUAUUCCAACUUACAGUUAUUUUCAUACUGAGCGCACCUUGUAUGUCCUUGUUUGUUUUAUUUACCUCAUCAACAUUAUCCAUGCCCUUCGAUGGCUCCUCAAUCCACCUCCUCGCCCUCAUAAAGCUACUUUUCCCCCUUCACUGCCCAUCAUUGCCCGGUACAAUUCGUAGCGUCUCAUUUGAUACGAUAAUUGCAAAAAAGCCCUCAAAAAUCUAGAGCCGAUUGAAAAAAUCCCUGAACAACUAUAUAUGCCCCUCCCUUUUCCCUCCUGAGUUUAUGCUCGUACCGUACAUGAAUUGUUAGUGUUAGUGAAAUGUCAGUUAUUGUUGUUAUUUUGCAUUAUUUUUGAAUCUCAUUAUAUGCACCUAGUUCUUAUUAUUUACUUUUCCUCAAAUAACUGCGUUUUUAGCUAUGUUAGUAUAAUCAGCCACCAUAAAGGGCCAUUUGGGAACGAUGAGCUAAGACGGUGACAGUUGUUCCUUUAUUUCUACUCGCAGCCAUGUGAACAAACACAAUGGUAUGAUUUGACAACGGGAAAACCUAAUCGCACCCAUUUAUUUCAACGAGUUCUGUUCAGCAGAUAUCUUCAUCAUUGGCUCCAGUGGAUAUCUUCAUCAUAUCUUCAUGCUACACGUUAAAGUGAACUUCAGCUUCGUUCACAAUUAUCUCAAAAUUGGCAGCUUCACAAAUCAAGCGGAAAGAAGAAAAAAAUUACACCACCACGCUCAAGCCAAUUAUGGUAAAUUUAUCUCAAAUGCCAUCAAAUUUUUUGAAUUACAGGCAUCUAAUUUGAGAUAACAAAAUAUAACCCGUGGCAAUUUUGAGUACCGAACUUUUUGGCGCAUCUUUAUUGAAAUUAACUUUGAUCUGCUGUUAUCAGCGCGCUUGAGUUAAUUUCACUUCAGUGGUUAUUACCAGUAUUAACUUUUCAACAAGAAUUUGGCCGGGGGCUGAAAAGACGCGUGAAUUAUUUCCGCCGUCCCAUGGAGAGCCCUUGACAACCUUGCUUCCGACCAAAUUUUGACACUUAUAGUACUAGCCGUGCUCAACCUUCAGAAGUUGCCAUCAUCCGUUGAGCAUCUUUACUUGUUUGAAUUUACAAUCUGGGAAAAAAAGAAAAAAAAAUUUUGUUACUUUAAUCAGAGUUUGCGAGCUUUUUUUCGAGCUUUUAUGAAUUUUGCGGAGAACUGAAAAAAAAACCUGCAGGAAUAAAACAAACUUUUAAGAUUUUUACUGCGGGAAGCAAAACAUGCAAGAGAAAAACGAACUGGCAAAAAGUCUGGGAUAAAACAAUACCUGGCCGGGCUUAUUUCUACUCAUUUUCUACCCUUGUUGUUUAUUUUCACCACUAACCAUUCCAGAAUCUAAACAAGGCUAGUGCACGGAAUCUUAACUAGACAGUUAAGUGUCUUGGGAACAACAGAGAAGAGAAAGGCGUUAACUAAUUGCCUUCAAAAUCAGCCCAGAAGUUUUUAAAGCCUUUCACUAGGCAAUCGGUCAGACAACGAAAAAAUAUAUAUCUCAUGAUUUUUCUUUACUUAUAUCUCAUUCAUUGUGCCAUUUGUUUGGGAAUACAUUCAAAAGUGAUUUUCGAUUCCGAUUCUUCUGAAAGCAAAUCUUAAAAUUGAAUUUUGGCAUGAUUGUCAUGAUUUAUUACCUUUUUUUGCUAUGACAUCAGAUUUGUCAUCCAAGUGUAUUUAACAUUUAAAAAUUUACUUUAACUUCCCUCUUCACCUAUGGGAAAUGAGCUUUAACUGACGGCUAUUUUCACCAUUACGCUCAAAAACAUCAAACUAUACUUCCCUUUACGUCAAUUUGUUACGGUUUUAUACUUGAUUUGAAUGAGAAUAAGCGCCCUCAAAGAUGAUUAAACGGCUGAAGAAGUCCCUCUCUAAAAAACUGGAGAGUUGUCAGCCGUUCGGUGCCAGUGAUGCGUCGGCGUCUACUCUGACUCGAAGUCUGCAGUCCAACAAGAGAAGGGGUUUUGAGCAGCAGCAGUGGUUCCACGGAGACAUAUCCAGGGACGAGUGCCAGAGGAGACUGAGGGAGACAGGCGUCAAGGACGGCACUUUUCUAGUGCGGAGGCGGGGCAUGUACUUUGUGCUGUCUACUUGUUGGGACAAUGAGGUCAGCCACUACCUCGUCAACGUAGAGGGGGGCAAGUUCGGAAUCCCAGGGGGCAGGAUAUUCUCAAACCUCAAUCAGAUGAUCAGCUACUACAGUCAUCGCAAAGACGGCCUCCCCUGCUGCCUCAGAUCAGUGUGUGUCAGACCCAUGGAAGUUAACCAAUUCAGCGAUCACAAUCAAAAAUCAAUUAUCAGUCCCAGGAAAGGAAGAAAAAAUUCCCAUAGCUUCAACGAAGAAAGCGUCAGCGAAUCACAGAACUCGAAGCCCGAAAUCUGCAAAAAUUUUACAAACGGUUUUGUAGAAAAUCGAACCCCACCUAAAAACCCCUCCGACGAACUCGACUCACGCGAAAAACACCAAAAUCCGGAAGAGAACUACAGGUUUUCGGCAUGCACAUUUGAGGACGCACCCAUAAAAGUGGCUUCAUCAUCGUCGUCAUCUGUCAAUCGACCACCGUCGCAGUCCAGACAGCCCAGCAGCCACAGGGCGUCCCCGGCACACCCAAAUAGGUCAAGCGACUCUCCGUACUUCAACUUCACACCCUUGUCGAUGCAACAGUCCACUUCAUUCACUGGAAUGGACUGCCUAGAUGUCCUUGAAAAUCUGGACGGAGGUGACAAUGACGUCACUGAUGCCAAAUCGCCGAAGCAACUUCCCUUUGAAGUUGUGUCGACGUCAUCGGCUGGGCACUCGGCUCUGUCAUGUCAAGUGCCCGAUACGUCAUCAGGGUCAUAUCUGAACCCGAGGUCCCUUCGUGCAGUGUAUCGAAGCGAAGCUCUGCAAAGGGUGUCUCAAUCGACGACCAAUGAAGAUGGGGCUGGGGUUGAGUCAUCACCGAGACACAAAGUAAACGUCAAGGGCACGAGAGGGCCAGGGGGAAAGAAGGUGACUCAGAAGUACUCGUGUGAUGGUUUCGACUACACGUUCAUUAGUCGACUAACUGUGGACGACCACCAAGAGUCGAGUCAGAAUCCGAAUCCUUCUCCUAAUUCCAAAAGGGACUACUCUGCUGAACAUAGAUCAGAAAAUAGCCCCAGUCCAUCCGGUGCCAAUCACAAUUUAACAUUUUUUCGCAACGCAUCAUCGCCUCUUGAACCCAAGGCUACAUCAUCUAGUCGGACCACUGCACGCUCAAGCCAUCAUCAUCAUCAUCAGCAACAUUGUCACAAGAAGACCAGCCUUCCACCAACAUCCAUAUCGUCACUAGUACAACCCCACAACUCCUCCAAUGCCGAACCUGGCGGCGACUCUUCGGCCCAAGCAGGUCGCCGGGAGUCUCCGAAGUCGAAGGAGGCUACUCCUGGAACGUCGGCAAAGAGUCUCGAGGAGAAUGUCUUGGAGAACUGUGACCUUUAUUUAUACUACCAAUUAGGAGUCGGUAACUUUGGCGUGGUGAUGCAAGGGGUGCUUCGGAAUCUGGAUUCGGGUAAGGAGAGAUCAGUGGCUGUGAAGAUCCUCAGGUGCUCAGAGGGUGAGUCGGCGGAGAGUAGUCGGCAGCAGAUGUUGCGAGAAGCCAAAGUCAUGUCUGAACUCAAUCACCCAAACGUCAUCAAACUGAUCGGCAUCUUCAAUGGUCCGGAACUGAUGCUGGUGUCUGAGCUUGCCCCUAUCGGACAGCUUAACAAAUACUUGAAAAAGCACAAAACUGUUCCAGUGGAGAUGCUGAUGAACUAUGGCCUGCAAGUGGCCAGUGGUAUGGCCUAUCUGGAGAGGAGGAGUUUCGUGCACCGAGACCUUGCAGCCAGGAAUGUCCUCUUAGCCACAGACAGACAUGCUAGAAUUAGUGAUUUCGGAAUGUCAAGGAUGCUCUCAUUCAACAAGGACUACUAUAGGGCGAAUGACGGGGGUCACUGGCCUGUGAGGUGGUAUGCGCCCCAGUGCAUCUACUUCUUCACCUUCACCUCCAAGUCGGACGUGUGGAGCUACGGGGUCACUCUGUGGGAGAUAUUCAGCUACGGUCUGAGGCCUUACGGGAACAUGCGCAGCAGCGAGAUCCUGGACAUGAUUGACAGGGGGGCUCGUCUGAAGUGUCCCCCCAACUGUCCUCCCGAAAUGUACUCACUCAUGCUUCGAUGCUGGGAGUACGAAGAAGCAGAUCGACCCACUUUCGAGGAAAUCUACCAGGUGGUUGAGAUCUACUUCCGAGCUCAGGCCUCCAAGAGUCGAGAUGUCUACACUGGUUCUGGUGCCACGACAUCAGGCCAGAACUAGUAUCUCAAAUAGAACUAAUUCUUAUAAGGUGCCAAAUGAGAAAGAGCAUACUACACUCAGUGCAGCUGCAAUAUAUCUACAUCAAUUUUAAAUUUUCAACACUUUAAAUUAUAGCAAUAAAAUUUCAUUUGUA